AUGUUGAAUACAACCUCCUCUCACCCGACAUAUUUUACACUUCUUGGAAUUCCUGGCCUUGAACCCUUUUAUGUCUCCAUAGCAUUCAUCUUCUUCUUGGUGUAUGUCAUCUCCCUGUUAGGAAACUUGAUCCUUCUGUUCAUCAUCAGGAUAGAUCGGAGUCUCCAUGAACCCAUGUACUUCUUUCUCUGUAUGUUGUCUUCUAUUGACCUGGUCCUGUCCAACUCCACCACGCCCAAGAUGUUGGGGAUCCUUUGGUCCAACAACCACAAGAUUUACUUUGAGGCCUGCCUCACACAAAUGUUCUUCCUCCAUUCUUUUGCUAUAAUGGAGUCUGCGCUACUCUUAGCCAUGUCCUUUGAUAGGUAUAUUGCCAUUUGUCAGCCCUUAAGAUACAAUGCAAUAUUAACAACAUUUCUCAUUACCAACAUCGGACUGUUGGCCAUCAGUAGAGCUGUAGCACUAAUGGCUCCAUUACCGUUCCUUAUAAAAAGACUACCCUUCUGCUCUGCCAAUGUCAUCCACCAUUCCUACUGUGAGCACAUGGCUGUUGUGAAGCUGGCAUGUGUUGAUACCACCUUCAACAACAUCUACGGCCUUGUGGUGGCCCUUGUUAUUGUGGGGUUAGACCUGGUCUUCAUCAUCUGGUCCUAUAUCCUGAUUCUUCAGGCUGUGUUCCGGCUGGCCUCAACAGAAGCCCGGUAUAAGGCCCUCAGUACAUGUGCAGCUCAUAUUUGUGCAAUCCUUUCAUUCUACGUUCCUGUUGUCCUUUCCUCGGUGGUCCACCGCUUCGGGAAAGAUGUCCCACUCCACAUUCACAUCUUGUUGGCCAACGUCUACCUGAUGCUGCCACCUCUGAUUAACCCCAUCGUGUACGGGGUGAGGACCAAACAAAUUCGGAAUAGAAUUAGGUCUGCCAUUAAAGUGGAUUUUACAUGUUUUAUAAGAGUCCAUGCUGACCAAAAUACAAGUAAAAGUAAGCAACCUCCAAAACGGAAGCAGAAUCAACACCUAACACAAGACAGUCCUUCCAUGCUGUACAGAAGAUGA